AUGGCUCCUCGGCUCCCUCCAUCCAAGCUGGAGAUGAUCCGUAAUCUGAUAUAUAGCGGAUCGCUGACUACGAUACAGAUGGCCGACGCAGCAGGGUGUAGCAAGCGCCCAAUCGCUAAUGUUCGAAGUAAUCUCCGCCUUUUCGGAAAUGUCAGAGCUCCCUCAACCCGCGUCGGCCGCCGACGAAGCAUCACGCCUCCGAUGAUCCACACCUUAUGUGACCAUCUUCUCGAGAAGUUCGGGUUAUAUGUGGAUGAGAUGGUGCUUUUCCUGUGGGAUGAGUUCCAUACCUGGGUGACUAGUUCGAGUCUCAAGCGGGCUCUUGUUUCAGUCGGCUGGUCGAAAAAAGUCGCUAAACAUAGAGCAAAGAAACAAAAUGCCGAUUUACGAGAUUUUUACUUACAUAACCUGUCGGACUUCAAAUCUCAUCAUCUGGUUUAUGUGGAUGAAUCUGGAUGCUACAAGCGAAUUGGGUUUAGACGCACGGGCUGGUCUCCGUUGGGCCUGACACCACUGCAGGUAUCCAAAUUCUACCGUGACCAGCGAUACCAGAUCCUGCCCGCAUAUGCACAAGACGGCGUUAUCCUGUCUCGAGUAUUUCAAGGCUCGACCGAUGCUGCCGUAUUUGAAGAUUUUAUCGAGCGGCUUCUUAAACACUGUGAAGAACGAAAUCUGUAA